AACAAAAAGAACCCAGCCAUCUACAGCCCUCCUCUUGAGAAAAUCGGUAAGAGGCUUGGGUUUUUGCCUUUCUUUUCUUGUCCAAAAACCAGAUUUGGAGCUUAGAAACCUUUUCCCCUUGCUGGAAAAUCUGGAUCUGCUCUGCUCUGCUCUUCCUCUUCACCACCAGCUGCUCCUGCUUUGUGGGGGCGAAUUGCCUUGAUUUUCUUGUAAGAUUCAUCCAAGAAAUCAUCUCCUUAGCUUUGAUUUGGGCUUGAGUUUGCUUUAAUUCCUCUUGGUUCUUGAAUUUCGAUAGUUCCCCUGAAUUUUCUGUAGAUUCUCGCCAGCCUUCUUCCCCAAACUACAGUUUGGUUGUGCUGGAAAAUUAUGGCUAUGGUUUUGCCAAUUUUGGAAGUUGGAGUUAUUGUUCACGUCGUGGUUACUGUUCACGACACUGUUCACGGGUCACUGAUCACACACCGAGGGUCAACAAUUAACGGGAAUUUAAAUGUUUAGUGGUGAUAUAAGAAUAAAUUUGGAUGGAGAUUGAUAGGAAAUAGCAUCGUGAUUAAGGGUAGUCUUAAUGAUGAUUUCAGUGUGAAAUUGUGAUAGUACGGAAUUAAUUCUUGAAUAUUUGAUUAGGUUCUUGAUCAUUGGGGUGCUUUAGUACGUGAAUUGAGUGCUCGGUUUUAUGCGAGUGAGGUAAGUAAAUUUAUGGUAAUGCUCGUACAAUUUUUAAAAGCAUGUUUUGACUUGUUUUUGAAGUGGUGGCGGGACCAAACCCGUUUUACACGAGCAUGACUGAUUUGAAGUGAAAUUUUUAUUCUUUUCAUUAAAUUGAGCAUGCCUACUUGAAAGUUUAAUUGAUUGUCCUGAUGAUUUGAAAGCGAUUGGUGAAUUAUGAUUUUUCUGUUAACUUCUGCCUGUUUUGUCUCCGAUGUGGUUAUGUUAUUGAUGAUCCUGCUAGUGGGGGUUAAACGCUAGCACAUGUUGACAUGUUAUUGAUAGAACCGGUUCGUUCAACCUUGCUAGUGGGGGUUAUACACCAGCAAGUAAUGUAGCCUGCCAGUGGGAGGUUUAAACACUGGCCAUGACCUAUAAAGGAGAUAUCUAUUUCGUUCUCGUACUGUAUCCAUUUUUCGUGAUUGCACUUGUUGGCAUACUAUAAGUUUAAUAAGGGCACUCCAUAUUUACUUACUGAGUUUAUCUCAUAGUUUUCCUUGUCCACCAUUUUAGGAAGCGAAAUCGAGGACGGGGAAACCACGGGAAGUGACGAGUUAGAAGGCUAGCCAUUUCGAGAUUGAUAGAGAUUUUAGAAAUAAAUCAUGAUCUUGUAA